AUGACACACACAAAAAAAGUCGUCAUAGUUGGUGGCUCCUGGGCAGGAAUCAAAACUGCGCAUGCCAUCCUGAAGAGCAUCCCAAACGCGAAAGUCAAACUCAUAAACCCCUCAGCAGUUCACUUCUUCAACAUCGCCGCUCCUCGCAUCUUAGCAAAGCCUAAAGCAUUUGUACCAGAAAAGUAUCUGUCCUCCAUUCCGGAAUUGUUCAAGAAGUACGAUACCGAGCUUUUCUCGUUCGUCCAUGGAGUUGCGAGGUCGAUAAAUGUGGAUGACAAGACAGUCACUGUCGAUGCUAUCGGAGCUGACGAUGACGAGUCAAGGGACCUGGUCAUUCCGUUCGAUUAUCUUGUUAUAGCAUCUGGAAGUACUACAAAGGCGACCUUGGGCCAAGAUAGUAUUCUAGCACCGUUUAAAGCAACGGCAUCGGAUGACCUCCAACAUGCGAUUGAGCAGGGGCAGCAGACCUUGUCAGAAGCCAAGACCGUCGUUAUUGGAGGAGCUGGCGCUGUUGGUGUCGAAUUUGCUGGGGAAUUGGCGGAGGCUUUCCAAAGCAAACAGGAUACAUCGAUAACCCUCCUGACACGUACCGAUCGAAUUCUGCCUGGCCUAAAGCCCAGUGCUAGUCAGAAUGCGUAUGACAUUCUCUCCAGACUGGGUGUCAAAGUCCGCACUUCUGUCACGGUUGCUGGCGCUUCACAAGAUCCGACCUCCAAGAAAUGGAACAUCACAUUAGAAGAUGGAGAAAUCCUCACCGCAGACGCAUAUGUCUCGACCACAGGUGUCAUUCCCAACAACAGCUUCAUACCCUCAGAACUGCAAGACAAGGAUGGAUGGGUCCCCGUUGAUGCUGAAUUCCGCGUCCAAAGACAAGGCGCAAAGAACAAGGAAAAACUGCCGAUCUACGCCGUUGGCGACAUAACUUCCUACGUAGACCGUCUCUUGAGCAGGGUUGAAGGACAAGUCAGUGUUUUGGUCGCCAAUCUCAAAGAUGAUAUCGAGGAUUCAAAGAGUAAGAGGCCGCAGUAUUCAAGCAAGAAAAUGACGCUUUUGGUUGCGCCAAUUGGUUCAAGGACAGGAACGGGUCAGAUUUGGUUGUUUGUUCUAUGGGGAUGGCUUGUCUGGUUGAUAAAGGGAAGAGACUAUUUUCUUUCCAUGUCUGAUUCCUUGCUUAGGAAGUGA